AUGGCGUCGCUAACACAAGUGAAAAAUUUGCAAACUAACAUAAUAGAUUCCUGGUUAAGCUUGGGCUUGCAUAAUAUAUUGAAGCAAGGUUUCUAUAACGAUGUGCCGCCUUCCGGGUUAGAGUAUGACUUUAUAAUUGUGGGCGCCGGAGCAGCUGGUUGUGCUUUAGCUAAUCGUUUAUCAGAAAAUCCCCAAUGGCAAGUUUAUUUACUCGAAGCGGGCGGCUUGGAAAGCAUUAUUCAUCAAGUGCCUGCUAUGGCUGGCUUUUUACAAGGCACCCAUUCCAAUUGGGGCUAUCGUAGCGAACCGCAACAGUUUUCGUGCUGGGGGAUGUACGGAAGCCAGUGUGCUUUACCGCGUGGUAAAAUUCUAGGUGGCACCAGUUCCAUUAACUUUAUGAUUUAUAAUCGUGGUAAUAAACAUGAUUUUGAUCGCUGGUCUGAAGCAGGAGGUAAGGGUUGGUCAUAUCGUGAAGUGUUACCAUACUUCCUUAGAAGUGAAAAUGCCCGAUUGAAAGGCUUAGAGAAUUCGCCGUACCAUAACCAUACGGGACCGCUCAGUGUACAAGAUGUCGCCUACCGCUCUAAAAUCGUAAAGGCGUAUGUAAAAGCAGCUCAACAAGCUCAUCAUGACUACAACGAUUAUAACGGUGAAUCCCAAUUGGGCGUUUCAUAUGUACAAGCCAACAUUAAAGACGGACGUCGUCACAGCGCAUUCAAAGCUUACAUUGAACCGAUACGCAAUGAGAGAAAAAAUUUACAUAUACUUACUACGGCCCGAGUAACUAAAAUCUUAAUAAAUCCUGACAGCAAACGUGCUUUUGGAGUUCGCUUCCUAUACGGAAAUUCGUUGUACACCAUCAGGGCUCGCAAGGAAGUAAUCUUGUCGGCGGGAGCAUUUAAUAGUCCACAAUUAUUAAUGCUGUCGGGUGUGGGACCGCGAGACAAUCUCGAAGCCAUAGGAGUCAAGAUAAUCAAAGAGUUACCCGUUGGUAAACUGCUUUACGAUCAUAUGUGUCAUUUUGGUCCAACAUUUAUUACGAAUACAACAGAUCAAACCAUAUUUACUGCUGACGUUAAUCCGCAAAUCGUUGCGGCAUUCCUAUCAGGUCAGGGGAACACUAAGUUGUCGUCAAUAGGUGGUGUGGAAGCUUUAACAUUUACGAAAGUGAACGGCUCCUCACAGCCGGCAGAUGUACCUGAUGUAGAGAUUAUCACUAUAGCCGGCAGUUUCGCUUCUGACGGAGGCACUGCUUUACUGCAGGGGGCGAAUAUACGCUCAAAUAUUUAUAAUCAAGUUUACAAAUUACUAGCUGACGCGCAUCAAGAUCACUUUACAUGUUUGGUUAUGCAAUUUCAUCCAAAGUCCGUUGGACGUUUAUGGUUGCAUAAUCGUGAUCCCAUGGAGUGGCCACGCAUCAAUCCCAAUUAUUUUCAACAAUCGGAAGAUGUUGAAAUUCUACUUAAGGGAAUUAAAGAAACGUUACGUAUAGCUAAAAUGCCUGCCCUAAAACGCUUGGGAGCACGUUUACAUGCAAUAACAUUACCGGGUUGUGAAAAUCAUAUUUUCGGUUCCGACGAGUAUUGGCGUUGUUCUAUACGCACCAUGUCCUAUACUCUACAUCAUCAAGUCGGCACUUGUCGUAUGGGCAGUGACAGCGACAACACUACAGUCGUAGAUUCUCAACUGAAAGUUCAUGGCAUCCAUGGCUUAAGAGUAGUAGAUACUAGUAUUAUACCUUUUCCACCGACCGCUCAUACAAAUGCGAUCGCUUUUAUGAUUGGCGAGAAAGCAUCCGAUCUGAUACGUUCAGACUGGUCUUAG